AUGAAUACCAUUUCGAGACGCGAUGCAGUGAUGUUCUUCAUGGCCUGCAUGGUCUGGACGAGAUGUUCAGCAGCACCAAUGCAGUGCCACUUCAACUCUCAAGCAACAGCUUUGUGCGAGUAUGAUGGGAAGCAGUACUCAAUGGGGGAGAGCUGGAUGGAGGAGGGAUGUGUUCAUUGCACCUGUCUGCACCCUGUCGGCGUGGGAUGCUGCGAAACUGUCCAUCGGCCUGUGGAUUUUCCCCCAUGGUGCGAGGUUCGAGUCGAGUCUCUGACGUGUCAGGUCACGCUAGUCAUGACCGCCGACCCUCGCCUGCCCUGCGUUCCUGGAGAAGACAACAAUGUUGACCCGAGACACGGAGCACUCAACAUCAACCUGGGAGUCUAGCAUGGAAGACGACUUUAUUCACAAAACAUGUCUGCAUCUGAGAUAAUACUCCGACCUAUAGCAUCUGUAUUCUGAAAGCAUAACCAUUGAAGUACUGGAAGCAAGAAACUGGUCUGACAAGUAGAAAGUAGGGAAGAAAAGCUGGCUUUUUUAAUUUUCUAACAUUGCAUUAGAAUGAAAAAUAGCUCAGAAAUGGUUAUGCAUUGUGUAUUGAUGUGCGUUUAUUCUACCAUGUAUCUUUUUAUUGAAUCACUAUAUCUAUCAGUGUAUUAAAACUGCAUUGCAGUGUCUUUCAAUUCAUUGCCUCAACAGUCAUGAUGUAUUAAAGCUCUGAGAAUAAAAGCAAGUAGAAUUUGGUUUGACCAUUACAUUUGAACAUGUUUUUACUUUUUAAAAUGAAAACGUUUUGUUUCUUAAUCAUGUAUGCACUAUUGUAAAUAAUCAGCUACAGGCCUAGUAAUAUAUACCAUCUAAUAUUUUGAAUGUUUACUCCUAAUAAAAAAUAUGUAAAAAAAAAAAUCUUUAUUUUCAUUGCUUUUUUUUAAAUAAUUUUUUUUUAAAGUGACAAGGGUUUCAUUAAAUCUUCAGCUGCAAUAAUAACUCUUUACAGACUUUAUUCAGUUUUCUUUUGCAUGUAGAGAAAUGUACAAAAUAGCUUGCAAUAGAGGAACUGAAAUAUAAUAGAAACCGUCUUUUGGAGCAUACAUUGCAAUAUUGACAAUAAAUACAGAACAUUUGUUAACAUUACAAGAGGUAAAGCAGACUCUUGGUCAAGUCUGAAAUGUUAAAGUAGCUUAAAUAAAGAAUGAUUU